AUGGCUUCACCAAUUUACGACUACAUUGUUGUUGGGGGUGGCCUUGCCGGCUGUGUUCUCUCCAGCCGCAUCCGAGAGUACGAUUAUGCAGCCAAGAUCCUUCUCAUUGAAGCUGGUAAAGAAACGCGUGGCCGCUCGGACGUACAUAACAUGCAAGUUUUGAACCUAGGCGGCGAAUUGGACUGGCAGUAUCAGUCAGAGCCCGUUGAAGCACUUAUGGGACGACGGAUCACUCUCAACGCUGGAAAGGGCCUGGGUGGCAGUUCAGCUAUUAACUCAGGUGGCUGGACCCGUGGUGCUGCGGCAGACUACGACGAAUGGGCAGCUCUUGUUGGCGACGAGCGCUACAGCUACAAGGGCCAACUCCCAUGGUUCAGGAAAUCAGAGCUCUGGUUCGAUGACAAGAACCCAGAACAGCAUGGUAGAGAUGGGCCCAUCCGUGUAACUUGCGCCAAGGCAUCCAAUCGCGUUUUCCCUCUGGCUGAGAAAGCCGCUGCUGGAUGGGAAGAGCUUGGCGUUUCAACCCUGCUAGAUGGUGAUCAGAACAGCGGGAAUAACCUCGGCCGCGCUUACAUCUAUGAAGCGAGGUCUGAUGGUAAACGCGAGUGGUCUGCCAAUCAGUAUUCAUUGGAUGGAGUCCAAGUUCGUCUUGAGACUUUCGUGAAUCGUAUCGUUAUCCAGAAAAUCGAUGGGAAUCUCAAAGCCACUGGUGUUGAGCUGGCCGACGGCAACGUUGUCAAUGGUCACAACAUUAUCAUCUCUGCUGGUGCAUUCCGAUCUCCUCAGCUCCUUCAGCUCUCUGGUAUCGGCCCGAAAACUCAUCUUCAAGAGUUCGGCAUUGAGCCACUCAUCGAUCUUCCAGAGGUUGGCAAGAACUUGUCUGAUCAUAUGAUAUUCUUCCAGCACUGGCAGCUACGUGAUCACUCUGCUGGGCAUACUAUUGGGUCCGCCAACCCUCUCUUUCAUCAACCCCAAUACUCGCAAGGUGUACCUUUUGACUGGAUCGUCAACACCGGCAUUCCAAGAAAUGGCCUCGCUAAAGCUAUUGAAAGAGACGAAGGAACAGAACCGCGUGAGUCUGAGCAUGUUCUUCUCGCGAAAGAUAGAACAUUUAUCGAGAACAUUAUCAUGUUUGCGAAGCUUCCUUUUCCUGGCGUCCCCAUAGAUGCAGAGCAUAUUACUAGUGCGUUGGUGAGCUUUCUGCCAACCUCGAAAGGCUCUGUGUCAUUGAAGUCUGGGAAGCCUGGCGAGCAUCCAAGGGUGAAUCUCAACUAUCUCUCCACCGAGGUUGACAAGCAUGUAUUCCGAGAAGGAUUGCGUCAAAUGACGAGAUUCAUGCUGGAGUCCAACUUCAGUCAUCAGAUUAUCGGAGAAUCUAUCCCAGAAGGACUUCCCGUGGAAGCUCUUGCACUGGAUGAUAGUGAUGAUAAAUUGGAUCAGAGGAUAGCUAUGACUGGCGGAACCUCGUGGCAUCCUUCAGGUACUUGCUCCAUGGGAAAAGUGGUUGACACAGAGUUUUGUGUUAGAGGCGUUGAAGGACUUCGGGUCGUUGACGCAUCAGUCUUCCCUGUCCCACUGAGCGCACAUCUCCAAGCCCCCCUCUAUGCUCUCUCAGAGCAGGCAGCAGCUAUUAUCACUGGGAAGAUAUAG